CUCGAUUUUCUUAAUCUUCAUUGUUCUCCGUUCAUCCAAUAGCCGGAGCCUUGAUCUGAGUCGCCAUUUGCCCUUCUCGCUUUCUUGGAGUUUUGGUGAAAUUUGUUAGGUGUUGUCGAUUACUUUUCGUGUGGGUUUCGUUCCGGAGGAUUUAUUUAUUGCUUGUCUGCUUCUUUCUUUAUAUUUUUCUCUCAUUGUCUUCCCUUGACGGAGUGAAGGGAGUGGUUAGUUAUUUUCCUGCUGUCGUUCUGUUUGGAGCCUGGGAAUCUUGUUUGAUAAAGGAGAGGGAGGGACGGAUCGUUCUUCCCACUGCCCCAGCCCCAGGUGUGUCAACCAUCCGGGUCGGGUAUGAUCCUGUUCUCAUCGACACCGUACUAACUACCUUCUAGAACCUAGAGUUCUCAUCCACUUAAGUACCCAAGUCAUAGUUUCAGAAUGGACCUUUCAACAACCCUGACCUAGAAUAUAGGUAAAACACGCUCAGUUUUUUAUUUAUGUAAUUUAAUAGCUUAAAUUACAUAAAAAACAGGCAGUUGAACGAAAAAAAAAAUAAAUUUCUUAAGCAUAUUUUCAUUCUACAGCCAAAACCAAACCUCAUCAUUUUAUCUUUAAAAAUUCGAUCAAAAUAGUUUAAUGUUAAAUGAAUUUGAAUAAUGCCACUUGUUAGUUGUUAAGAGAGGGGUGUAAUGGUCGAGAGCUAGUUUGGAUCCACCUGUUGACCAAAUCCAACCUAACCUGGUCUUGCUUUGUCAGAUCCAGAAUGAGACUGGGCCUAAAUUUAUCUGAAACCGAAUCCGGACCUAAAAUAUAUAAUUUUCUUUUUUAUUGGGUUGGAUCCUUGUCGGGUAUCAAACUAGGGCACAAUUUGGUCUUGGAGCUGUAUACCAAGUCCAAUUACCUUAUUUAAGAUCGUAUUUUCUUUAACGGGUUCCAGUAAACGGAUCUGAAAUUUAGGUUGUAGUCGGAUGGAAUGCUUGAUCUGGAAACCUCAUGGCAAUUAUACAACAGCAUAUGACUACCAACCUACCAAAUGGUCAAUGCUAACUUAGGUCAAGACAUUUUAGCAUUUGAAAAUAGAGAAAAACAUUGACACCAAAUCAGACAAUUACAUUCUUUAUCACAUAUAUAUGUUUAGAUUUGGUUAAAUUCUUUCAACUUAAGUUGACAUUUAACGAGAAGAACAUUGUGGUCUUAGAAGUUACAAGGGUACAUGUUUCAAAAACACUAGUUUUAUUCCCAAACAACAUGAAGUGAUUACGAACAUUUUUUUAAAUCCAAUAAUCACAUGUUAGACAUACUAACAUUAUGUUCUUUAGAACAAGAACAUGAUAUUUUAAGACUAUUUUCAAUUACAUACUUUCUUACAGACGCGAAAAGCUAGAGAAAGAGUACUAGAGCCUUGUUCUUUUAAUCAUAAUAGUCGCCCUUUCUUUGCCUUAGUAGUAGUUGUAGUAAUAAUAACAAUAAUAAUAAUGAGAAGAAGAUGAAAAGUUGUGGAAUAAUAAUUCUUGGCUUUAACGCGUCCGGCACCGUUUCGUGCCCCUAAGAGAAGCAAUGGUUUCAUGCGUUUGGAAAUUAUUUUUCAUAAACCCCAUUUUUCACGCCAUUGGCUACUAGCAUUAAAUUAAUUUUGACGUCCUUUCGUGCGGGUGAGGGUCACAGAUAACAAGGGUUAUGUAAUGCAGACAUACUACAAGUAACCUGUUCGACGAGAAAUGUAUAUAUAUAUUUCAAUGCUUUAACUUAUAUAUAUAUAUAAUCCGUUUAUUCAUUGAGUACAUACGAUUUUAUAACCAAGACGUCAGAAAAAAUUACCGUCAAAUUUUCAAUCCUUCGGGGACCCGGUUAUACAUUCAGAUGAAUUCAUAUAAGAGCAAGAUUUCAUAGGUUCUAAACGAUAAAGACCAUGAGUUAUAAUUUUUUGAGAAAAGAUCCUGACCUACGUAAAAUGUUAAUCCGAUCCUUCAUGAGUUAUAUUUUUGUGAGGAGGUAUGAGUCUAUUCAAAGAUUUUAGUAAGAGUGGUGGAUCCCAGUUCAAGUUUUUCAAUUUUGACAAGCAUUGCUCUUUGGUUCCUCUUUUGUUUUUUCUUUAAUCAAAAUUUCUUUACUUUUGCAAAAAAAAAAAAAAAAAACUACUUUUUAUCACUCAAACACGUUAACAUUUUUGCCAGAGAAAAACUUCUAUCUGGAAAAAUGUUGCUAGUCAAGCCUUUCUAAUGAAUCAAACAGCCCGUAAAAAUAUGAGCAGGGUGUUUUGCGUCAGCUUGCUCGAAUUCUCUUGUCAGUGGCGGGACUCAAUCAGAGGUUAAAUCCAUCCUUUACCGUGUUCCACUUAGUUGACCCCUGUGCAAUCGAAUUUAGAUCUCGUUUUUUAAACCAAAAUAGGACUUGACUAACAUCCGACAUUUACAUGUAAUCAGCCCCGACCUUUAUCGAACUUCAGUCGUACAUCAAACUCAGAUUCAGUUAUGAAAGUCCAUAUGAAUCCGAAAUUUAAUUCCUGAUUUGGUCAAACAUUCCAUACCAGAUUGAGCUAAAAGCUAAAUUUGCCUCCGCAAACUUUUGAACUCAGCAGAGCUUAAAGCUAAAUUUUCUUGGAUGGACUGACCCAAUAUCUAAUCUGUCUGCUCUACCAUGACUUGUCGUCCACUAUCCAAGUUCUCCAUCUCUCCAAUCGGUCGUUGGACAGUCUCCCAUGGUCCCAACUCUUUUGGGCCGCGCGAUAGAAGUCGAUAUCGAGCGGCCUUCGAAGCCAAAAGAUCUGAAGCGAAGAGAAGGGAAAAGACAGGAGAAGUUAAGCGUGAGAGUUACGUGGUUCGGUCAGUUGGGUUCUACAUCCACGGGAACGUGAGAGAAAAUUUUCUUGGCAAUGGGUGGAAAAGUUGAAAUUUCACCUCACCCUAAAAUGAAGUGUGUUUGAUGAAAUUGAUAAAGUUUACCUGAAAAAUUAUCAGUAGGAAAUGAAAAGAAAAGUUAAAUAACUAAUUAAAACAGUUGAUCAUAACGUAAUAAAAAUAUAAAACAAUUAAUAAAUGGCGACACCAAAUUUUUGAGACAUAGUUGUACGUCAAACCAAAAGUUGAGCAUGGCACGACCACUUACGUUAUUAGUGUCUUAAAAAAAGAAAAAAGAAAAAAAGAGGUCGCCCAGGAGGUCGCUGAGGUUGGAAUGUGGACAGCGUCAAGAAGAGGUACAGCUGGACGAGUUUUCAACAAGAUGGCUUCUUCACUCUAUAGUGCAUUCUGGCGUGCCUAGCGUGGUAAGUUUACGAGGCUAAAUUUCCACCAAAAACGCUCCCUUUUCCCAACUAAAAUUUUUUGCGUUUAAUGAAGGAAGAGAUAUUCGUACCAGUUCCUCCUCUCUACAGUAUUUCACCUGGCUAUCAAAGGAAAAUCCGGUUAACCACUCCCCUUUCCUCCCUAGCGUGCUUCGAAGAGGAGAGAAUCUCUUCCAGGCACAAGCUUGCAAUGCUAAUCAAAUGCAGGCGGAAUUUUCACUUACAACGACUUUUGGUAGCUCGACACUAGCAUUAAGGAUUAUAGUCGCUCUUUUGACAGCUUUUGAGGGUGUUGGAAGUGUUCUUGUUUCAUGGUUACCAAUGUAUGAUGAGUUCAAACUAGCAUUCUUUGUUUAUCUCUGGCACCCAAAAACAAAGGGAGCUUCUUAUGUGUAUGACACCAUCUUGCUGCCCUACAUAAUAAGCCACGAGUGGGAUAUUGAUCACAAUGUGCUAGAGUUGAAAACCAAAGCUGGCCAUUUUGCCGUCCUUUAUCUACAAACCGUUGCUAAUUAUGGGCAAGAAAAGUUCUUUGAACUCCUCCAAUUCUUUUCAUCACGAUCACCAAAACUAAAAUCAGAUCAGGUUCCAGAAGCACCUCUCAAUGGUGGUAGGCAUUCGUCACAAUCACCACCUCAGACCAGAGGCACACCUUCAGUUCCACAGGCUUCCUCUCAUGAGCAUGACUACGUGCCAUCAGCCCCACCUGUACCUCGGGAGUAUGAAUUUGACAAUCGUGCAAAUGAGGCAGCAAACUGGAGGCCUGCUGCUAAUGGCAGAAAUCAUGGGCAGGCAGACUCGUUCCUCCCAGGCACAGCACAAGGGGGAAGAGAUGGACUUGAUAUGGAAAGAAUGAUACAUAAUGCUCAUAUGAGGCUUAGGCGAGACCGUCGAUGAUUUGGAACUGAUGAUUUCUUCAAAUUUUUUGUAUCCAAAAAUCAUUGUGCUUCCUCCUGCUUCCAUGGGACGAAAAGAAAGAAAAGUUCCUGCAUGCAGCGAAAAAGGUCAAUGCUGUUUAUAGAUAGUCAAUGCCGGCGCUAGGCAUGCAAAAAGAUCAUUAAGCUGCACGCAAGCAGUGAUGAACCAUAGCUUCUCCAUUCCUGAUCUUUGAGAAAGACCAAUCUUGUGCUUGGCAGUAUUUAUUUCUGAACAAUUAAUGUACAUAGAUGAUAGAUUCUUAAUAGUUAAAGGGAGAUGGUCGUUCUGACA